AUGGCGAACCCAACGGCAAAACCGGCGUGCAAGCAUCUUGUCCUCGAUGCCGGCCCGUUGCUCUCACUCUCUCCCUUGCGAGGCCUCGCGGAGACCUACUACACUGUACCACAGGUCCUAGAUGAGUUGAAGGACAGGAACGCGCGGGAGCACUUCCAACAACUCGGGCUAUCGGCGGGUGUGCGAAUUGACGUUAGGGGGCCUGAUGCUGCUUCCCUUGCGUACGUGAUCGAGUUCGCGAAGAAAACAGGCGACUACUCAGUGCUCUCGCAUGCAGAUCUGUGCGUUCUGGCGCUAACAUACGCGCUGGAUGUGCAUGAAAGGGAGGCUGCGAAGAAAAUAGCUGAGGCUCCCAAGGCGCGUCUGGGACUUGUUGAUCCAGCGACGCCUGCUGCGCCAGAGCAAGCUACCCAGGAGUGCGAGGCCGAAGAACAUACUACAGUUAAUGAGGAUGAUGCUGCGAGGAAGGACGAGCCAGCCGUUGCAGAUGAGGAGGACGUUACUGAGCCUCCAGAAUCGGAGCCACCAUCCUCUGACGAGGGAGACGUGGGCCACCCGGAGGAAGAAGAUAAUUCAGUUGGUGAUGCGGAACUCGACAAUGAGCAGAAGAGGGGAUCUCCCGCUGUCGAGCUGCACCGCAUACAGGAGGUAAACGAGAACGCAGCUAGUCGGCAGACUGCACAUCCGCCGCUAGCUCCGUCUCCCGCCCCCAACGCUCAAGCCUCUCAAAAGCCAGAUCCUGCGACAAUCUAUGACGAUCCCUCUGAUGAAGAUGACGGAGAGGGCGAAUGGAUCACGCCAGCAAAUGCUGCACUGCAUAAGUCUCGUGCGCUGGAGCUCCUACCAUCUGCCGCCGACAUGGGGCGGAAGGGGAAGAGAGGAAAAACGGGAAAGCGGAAGGGCAAAGGUGGACCGAAGCAGGAGGAGGGGGUUGUGGUGGGAUGCAUGACAGCAGAUUUCGCCAUGCAGAACGUGCUGUUGCAGAUGGGGCUCGGGCUUGUUGGAGUGGAAGGGAAGCGGAUAGAACGGGUGAAGAGCUGGGUGUUGAGGUGCCAUGCAUGCUUCAAAAUAUGCAAAGACAAUUCAAGAAAAUUCUGCCCCUCCUGCGGGAAUCCAUCUCUCAUACGAGCAUCCGUGACCAUUUCCUCGCCAAAUGCAGGCCCAAACACGCCAGCAAUGCAAGUCCACCUCAAACCAAAUUUCGUGUACAGAACGCGCGGGACGAUCUACUCGAUCCCUGCGCCGAAGCCAGGCACCGCGAAGACCGGUCCCGGCGAUGGGCUCAUCCUGCGGGAGGACCAGCUCGCGUGGCAGCGCGCGAAGAAGCGGGCAGAUGGCAAGCGGGAGAGGGAGGAGAGGCGGCUUCUGAGAGCCGCGAGCCGGGGUGCGCGGAUGGGCGAGGGCGGCGCAGUGCUGGGUAGCUGGAUGGACCCGGAUUGGGUGCCUGAGAUUAUCAGUGCGGGUGCGGGCGGUCAAGGGAGGAGUAUGAGGAGCAGAGGGAUGGACGGGGAUAUGCCUGUCAUCGGGUACGGUAGGAAGAACCCCAACGAGAAGAGGAAAAGAAGAUGA